AUGCCUCCAAAGAAACAAGUUGAAGAAAAGAAAGUCCUUUUAGGUCGUCCAGGUAACAACUUAAAGGCCGGUAUCGUUGGUUUAGCUAAUGUUGGUAAAUCCACUUUCUUCCAAGCUAUCACUAGAUGUCCAUUAGGUAACCCAGCUAACUACCCAUUCGCUACCAUUGAUCCUGAAGAAGCUAGAGUCAUUGUUCCAUCUCCAAGAUUCGAUGAACUAUGUAAAAUCUAUAAACCUGCCUCUGAAGUUCCGGCUCAUUUAACAGUCUAUGAUAUUGCUGGUUUAACCAAGGGUGCUUCUGCUGGUGAAGGUUUGGGUAAUGCUUUCUUGUCUCAUAUCAGAGCUGUGGAUUCUAUCUAUCAAGUGGUACGUUGUUUCGAUGAUGCUGAAAUUAUCCAUAUUGAAGGUGAUGUCGAUCCAGUUCGUGAUUUAGAGAUUAUUUCUAAUGAAUUGAGAUUGAAAGAUAUCGAAUUCUCUGAAAAGGCUCUUGAAGCUGCCGCAAAGAUUGCCAAGAGAGGUGGUCAAUCUUUGGAAGUCAAACAAAAGAAAGAAGAAAUGGCCUUAAUUGAAAGAAUCAUCGCCCUAUUGAAGAACGGUCAAAGAGUCUACAACCAAACAUGGACUCCAAAGGAAGUAGAGGUUAUCAACACCAUGUUUUUAUUGACUGCUAAGCCAUGUAUCUAUUUAAUUAACCUUUCUGAAAAGGAUUACAUCAGAAAGAAAAACAAACAUUUGUUAAGAAUUAAGGAAUGGGUUGAUGCCAACUCUCCAGGUGAUUUAAUCAUUCCAUUUUCUGUUUCUCUAGAAGAAAGAUUAUCUCACAUGUCUGAAGAGGAAGCUGCUGAGGAAUUAAAACAACUUGGUAUCCAAUCUGCUUUACCAAAGAUUAUUACUACUAUGAGACAGAAGUUAGAUUUAAUCUCUUUCUUCACUUGUGGUCCAGAUGAAGUUCGUGAAUGGACUAUUAGAAAGGGUACCAAGGCUCCACAAGCUGCUGGUGUUAUUCACAAUGACUUAAUGAACACUUUCAUCUUAGCUCAAGUUAUGAAAUACGAAGAUGUUGUAGAAUAUAAAGAUGACGCUGCUAUUAAAGCAGCUGGUAAAUUACAACAAAAGGGUAAGGAUUAUGUUGUUGAAGAUGGUGAUAUUAUUUACUUUAGAGCUGGUGCAGGUAAGAACUGA